CGGUGCUAUAAACAGAAUGCCCUGCCACAAGCUUCACAAGACAAACAGUGCACUGCACAAGCGAAAGCUAGCAAAUAUUUGAUCUGUACCGCGCUGUGCAGCCAUGGAGAGAAGCGUCGCCAACAUCCUGCUGGUGCUUUCGCUCGUGGCGGCCCUCGCGGUCGCCGGCCGCCCCGCCGGUACCUCCGGCGAGGUGGCAGCCAUUCGCCUCCCGAGCGACGGCAAAGGUCUUGGUGGUGAUGCAACAGCACUAGGGGCGGCCAUGAAGAAGGUCCUCGAGGAAGACGAGAGGCCGUGGGCAUGCUGCGACCACACCCAGUGCCUGAGGGUGCUACCGAGGGCCUGCCUCUGCCACGACACGGUGGCGCAGUGCGCCAGCGCGUGCCAGCACUGCGACGAGGUCAGCCCUGGCCGCUACGUUUGCCUGGAUAUACACGAAGGUUGGCCCGGCCCAAAGUGCACGCACGAUGACGAAGUGGACGUCGCCGGCGCCGGCAACUAGCUAGUUCCAUAGCUAGCUAGCAUGACGCGUACGCGUAUGUCCGGCCGUGUUCCCCUCGCUGUUCGCUUGUUGCUCCAUGACCCACACAGUAGUCCAAGUAUCUAUGUACCAGUUCAACUUCAACUCGCUUAUCAUGUAUAAUAAUAAAAAUAAGUGUGCGUGCCGUGCCGAUCAAUCCAAAGUGACAAGUGCAAGAUUGCUGUUGUUGAA